AUGGCCAGGCCCUCCCUGAACACUCACCGUCCUCCUGCGUUCCCUCCCUUCCCUCCCUUCCCUUCCCUCAUCAUCAUCAUCACCGCCGCCGCCGCCGUCACCAUGGACGCCAACGCCUACACGCUCAUGGUCGCCGGCCACAGCGCCGGAAAGACCGCGUUUCUUCGUCUUUUACUUGAUACCGCCGACGUUGCACUCUCGGCCACCCAUGACCAGCUCACGGACCUCGCAAAGUUCGUCCAGGGGUCCGCGAAUCACACACAACACCUCCGUUCCGUGUCCGUCGAUGUCGAGCAUCCCGAUGCAUCGCAUGCGACGCCGUUCACGCUUACGCUCGUCGAUACGCCGAGCCUCGAUUCGAGGGAGGAGAUACAGGCGGAGAGGACGAUUGGGGAUAUUUUGAGGUUUGUGGAUGAGCGGUUUGUGGAGAGCUUGGAGGAGGAAUACUUUGCUCAGACGGGCGAGCACCAUGUCCACCUCUGCAUCUACUUUCUCGACCCGCAUCAAAUCGUUCCUCCCUCCGCCACCGCCACACCAGCACCUCCCCCCGUCCCCCGCACCCGCACCAACAGCCUCUCCUUCUCUCACUCUCACUCCCACCACCCCUCCCUCUCUCACCCGCACUCCCUCUCCCUCUCCCACCCCGCAGACGACCCCCCUCUAAUCCUCGAACCCCCCGUAACGACGAACCCCUUGCUCUGCAGGCCCGUACUCCCCCCCGCCGAAAUCACCGCCAUUCGAAGACUGAGCGCACGCGUGAAUGUCCUUCCCGUUAUUGCGCGCGCCGACGAACUCACGAAUGAGAGAUUGGCGGCGGUGAAACAUGCGGUUAGGCGGGAUCUUGCGGAGGCGGGGAUUGGGUUUGGGAUAUUCGAUGCGGAUUAUCCGGCACCUAAGGACGACGAGCACUCCCACCCCUCCAACAACUUUGUAGGGUCGUUGCUUAACGGCCAAAGUUCCGCGGCGUCGUCGAGCUCGUCGCCUACGAGCCCCGUCGCCCCGUCGUUUUUGAGAUUACCGUACGCGCUCAUUUCGCCGGAUUGUUAUUCGCAUGGGGAUGGAGUGCAGAGGGCGGUGGUGUCGAGACAUGAGAUCGUGGGGCAGUAUACGCCUAUUGGUGGACAUGGGCAUGGACAUGGACAUGGGCAUUAUAGGUCGACGAAGUUGGUUAGGGGACGGUUUGUGAGGCAGUAUAGGUGGGGGUUUUUGGAUGUCCUCGAUCCGACGCAUUGUGAUUUCCUUGCGCUUCGACAGGCGGUGUUUCAUCAUAUGGGGACACUGCAGAAAUACACGCGCGAAUAUCUAUUCGAUAAAUUCAAGAACGAAGUCCUGAGGACGACGGUCGACUCCCAUUCACGAGCACAGUCGAUCUCCCCGCACGGACAUCUUUCACUUUCUGGUGUUCCUAUCCCCACGUCUUCUGUUCCUGGGUCAUCCUCCGCUGUUAAUGGGAAUGGGUCAUCGUCAGCUAUGGCUAUGGUUCCCGUCCCUAUGUCCUCACAGCUCGCACUCCCCCACCAUCCCCACCCCCACCCACAUCCGAACGCACCGCGUCCGAUAUUAGCCAUUGAGGCGUCGAGGCCUUCUGUGCCCUCAUCACGACAUAGCCAUGGCCAUGGCAUGGGAAUGGGCGGGAUAUCGGGGAUGGGGAUGGGGGCGGGGAUAGGUAUGAGUAUGGGGGGGAUGGGGAUAGGGAUUGGCAUUGGGAUGGGUGUGGGGGGGAUGGAGGAUGAGGAGGGUGCGGGUGCGGGUGGGAGGAGUGGGUCUGCGAAGUCGACCAAUAAUGGCAACAACGGCAACGGCAAUAACAACGGCAACGGCAAUAGCCAUAACAGCGGCAGCAAUAGCAAUAACAACAGGCAACGCAGCAAAAAGAUCACCGUGGCGUGUAAUUUCUGUCGAUCCCGGAAGUUGAAAUGCGACGGAGGUCGCCCAGCAUGCCAACAAUGCGUCAAACGUUCACAUACGUGCGAUUACAUGCCGGCGCAGAAACGACGGGGAGGACCUCGGACGCGGAGGGCGUAUGGGAACGGGAGCUCCGGUUCCGGUGCCGGUUCUGCUCCUGGUGUCGGUGCUAGUGGUGCCGGUGCGAGUGGUGAAGGGGGAGGAGGGGGUGCUGGUGGUGCGUUGAGCGUGAAUGGGAGAGAGAGCGGGGAUAGUGAGGGGGAUGGGGAGGGAGAAGGGGGUAGCGAUGAGCAGGAGCAUAGUCGUGAUCAUGAGCAGGAGUAUGAGCGCGAGAUGGAGGGCUCGGCGGGGGAGAUGGGCAUGGGCAUGGGGACGGGCACGGACGCGUCGUUGAGCCCGGAGGUGUCGUCACGCCAACAGGUUCCGUCGUACCGAGGACGCCAUUCCCAUUCGCUUUCGCAUUCGUCACAGGCGGAGAAUGGAGGGGGGUAUGAGUUUUCGGGUGUUCGUCAUUCGCAUUCGCAUUCGCAGUCGCACCAUGGAGAGUUUAGCGGUUCGCUUCCGCCACCACCAUCCCAAUCCCAACCCCAAUCACUACCACCACCACAGCAGCAACAACAGCAACAGCCAAUCCUCUCACUCCCGCCCAUGAACGUCUCCCCGCUACAAAAAUCGGACAUGGACGUCGCUUCGUCAUUGGAGAGGAUGGGGAUGGGGCCCAUAGGAACGAAUCUGAAUAUCACGUUGCCACCUGUGCCGAGCGCGACAGGGAUGGGGACGAUGGGUUUGUCGUCGUCGUCUGCAGUGGGGGGUGUGAGCGCGAUGUCGUCGGCCAUCACGGGUUCGAGCGCGCCGUUGCCCCUGCCUCUGUCGGGGAAGACGAGUCCGAUGUCUGCGAUCGGCAAGACGAGCCCAAUGUCAGCUAUGGGCAAGACGAGCCCGAUGUCCGCGUCCGCGGUAUCGAGCGGAGUGCCUGUCGUUCCCCCUCUCGCGUUCCCUGGCCCGCAUCCGAGUUCGUCGAUGGGGAGGGGUAUGGGUAUGGGUAUGGGUAUGGGUCUACCGAUGAUCCGGACGGCGGACGAACGAGAGCGGCAGGAGGAGAACGAGCGGUUGGCACAUUCGGCUUCUCCGUCUGCGGCUUCUGUGGGCCAUGUGCCAGCCUCGCCGCCGACGGUGAUGAUGACGACGAUCUCGUCUAGGAAGAGGUCGUCGACUAUUUCGGGGGGUGUGGCGGCGGGGGGUGCUAGUGCUAGCGCCAGUGCUGGGAAUGGGAAUGGGACAGGGACAGGGAGUGGGAGUGGGGGAGGAGGGAGAGGGAGGGCGUCGUCGAAUUAUGGGCCGAAGGUUGUUGCGUGUAAUUUUUGUAGAGCGCGCAAGACGAAAUGUGAUGGCGCUCAUCCGAGCUGCUCGAGCUGCGCGAGAAGGUCGUUGGCGUGCAAUUAUGUGAACGAUCCGAAUGGAGGGCCGGGGAGGAGGAAGUCUAAUGCUGCUGCUGCUGCAUCCGCUUCUUCUGGGGCUGGGGGUGCGGGAUCGAAAACGGGGAGCACGACGACGGCGUCGAGUUCUGGAUCGGGAUCGGGACAGAUGUCGUCUUCGGGGAGUGGGGGGAGUGGCAGUGGCAGUGGGGGAGUAGGGGCGUAUGAAGAGGCGGAGAAGGAGAAGGAAGAGCAGAAGAAGCAGAAGCAGGCUGGACCGUAUGGCAGGGGCGUUUAUGAGGAUGUUACGACGAGUGUUAAUGGGAAGAGGGGAAGGGACCAGGAAGGGGACCGGGACGGGGGCGAUGAUGAAGACGAUGAUGAAGACAAUAGAGAUAAUGAUGAGGAAGACGAGGAUGAGGAUGAGGAUGAGGAUGGGACGGGUGGGCUCGGAGGGAUGAGGGGAUUGCCGCCGAGGGUGAAGGCGAAGGUCAUGGAGAGUUCGAGGACGACGAGGCCGGCGAUGAAGAGGAUUAGGGUGGCGGGGCCGAACUCGAUGAGCUCGCCGGUGGAGGUGAUCAGUGGGGUGCGGUGAAUUGGUUGGUUGCUCGUGUGGUGUGGACGGACUCGACGGACUGUGUUUUUUUCCUUGCUUUUUUAUGUGUCUACCUAUCUGUGUGUGUUUCUCUCUUCCUCCCCUGCCUGCCUCUCUGCCCUUGCCUCAUUCUCACCUAUUCUUUUACCGUCUCGAGCGCGCGUUAGAAUGUGCCUGUCGGUAAAAUACGACACGAUGGGCCCGCGCGUCACGUCGUGGCUGUGAUUUCCUUUCUUCCCUUUUCCUUUUCCUCUCGUUUCCCCUGCCAGUGAUUCCUUUUCUUUUCUCUCGAUUCCCUCUCUUUCCCCCUGAUUUCUUUCUUCAUCUCUGGGUUACAUAGCCGGGUCGGAUUAGCAUUCAUCGUAUUGCAUCGCAUCGCAUCGUAUCGCUUUGGGAUCCAUUUCGAGAUUUUUCUCUUUCUCUUUUCCCUCUCUCGGCUCUCUCCUUGUUAUUCUUUCCUUUUUCGUCAUUUCCUUAUUGCACUUCAAUUGAUUUUCUCUUAUUUCUGUUUGUGUCCACGAAUCAUCAUCCCGGAUCCCCCUUUUUUCCUGUCUCAUUCCUAGUCUGCCAGUGCGCUCCGAAAUUUCGACCACCAUUUCCCCGUUUCCUUUUCUUUUUACAUUGCCAACACCCACCGUCCACCAUCCAUCACUCACCAUCCACCAUCCA